GCACAGUGGCUUGGCAUAGUGCUUAAAUUUCGGACCUCCCCCCCUGAGCUUCUCUAAAUUGACUCAGCUUACAGCAGAGAAUGGCGUUCAGAUAUACCGCAGCCCUUGUACCCCUGGCCCUGGGUGCCCUUGCCGCCAACGCGAGCUUCCAAACUAACCAGCCUGCAUUCGCCAGUAUCAUCUCGCAAGACCCCAAAAUCGACCUCAUUGUCGAGAAUGCCUCAUACCCGUUCGCCCAUGAAGCCCCAGUCUAUAUCCCGUCCACGGGCGAUCUGUUCUUAGCAGGAAACUACCAAACAAAGUCCGGUGGCCAGCCGAUCCAGGUCUCAAAGAUCAGGCACAACGGGAACGGCGCAUAUACGCGCGAACUCAUCCACCCAGACAUCCCCAUGGCCAACGGUGCAAUCAACUACAAAGACGGAAUCCUCUUCUGCGCCCAGGGGACCGUCUCCCGCCCUUCAGCACUAAUCUGGAUGAACACGACAGCGCCCUACAAAACGAAAACUCUCCUGGAUACCUUCCACGGCCGCCGCUUCAACUCAUUAAACGACCUCGUCGUCCACUCGGACGGUAGUGUCUGGUUCACGGACCCUACGUACGGAUAUGACCAGGGCUUUGCAGCGGAACCGCAACUCCCCAACCAGGUCUACCGGUUUGAUCCUGAUACUGGUGAUGUGCGUGCCAUGGCGGAUGGGAUCGGACAGCCGAAUGGGAUUGCGUUUUCGCCUGAUGAGAGUAUCGUCUAUGUUACGGAUACGGAUGCGCAGUGGGGGAAUGGGGAUAAGAGUCUUGCGCGCGCGGCGACUAUUUAUGCAUUCGAUAUAAAAUACUACUCCGACGCGCCAUUCCUCGUCAACCGCCGGGUCUUCGCCUUCGCAGACAACGGUAUCCCGGAUGGGAUCAAGUGCGACACAGACGGGAAUGUGUACAGCGGUUGCGGAGAUGGGGUGCACGUCUGGUCCCCUGCCGGUGUGCUGCUAGGCAAGAUUCGGCUCCCUGGUGUUUCGGCGAAUCUGUGCUUUGGUCGACCUGGGGAGAUGUUUGCUUUGAAUGAGUAUCGGCUGUGGAGGGUUACCCUGGAUAGCAGUGUUCGGGGGGAUAUUCUCAAGUUAUGAUGUCGUUUUCUUGCGGAUCUGUUUCAUAUGGGCGGCUGUGUUAUAUGUACGAUGAUGAAGUGGGUAG